UAUCCUGUGCGGGUGUUUUACUCUACGUCGUUUCGCAUACCUAGGCGAAAUAUAUAUAAACGUCUCACUAUAACGCCCCCGUGCCUUGCCGUUUAAUUAGAUCCCCGGGGUGCGGAUCGGUUUGGCACCGUGUCUGCGUGCAAGAAAAACCGGCUGUUUUUUUUCGUGCUCCCGGAGCUCUGGCCGCGGUCCUCGCGCGACUUCACUUCUGCACCGGCGGCGCGGGAGGAAAAUCGAGCCCGCAGUCCAGCUGCAGCGGUUCGGAGGGAUUAUUCGGCACGACUCGGAAAGGCGACAGGUCUACGCUUUGCAGCCGCCGACAAGCUGAGUGUAAUGAUCUGCUAGAUGCGCCAGUGGCUGUGGGAAUGAGACUGCGGGGCAGGGAUUUGGAGGAUUCCACUGUCUCCUGGAUACCGAGCGUCCUGGGUGUGCAGAGCGUCAGGCUCCGCCUUCGCCUUGACCGCCGUGACGACAGGGGGAGGAGCUUGUGGCAACUAGUUGACCUGGGAGAGGAACUGCAGAGUGGGCGGCGGCCUCGAGACAGGACUCCUCCCACUUGUUCACAAAGUCUGAUGAGUAUUCCUGCUGCUCCAUCAGUUCAGUCAGGGGGUGGAGAGAUGCAGUCACCUGGGGUCAUAAGCCCCUCCUUCCUCCCGCCUGCAAGUGGAAAAGUUCCAGGUCGCAAGAGGGGUCGGCCACCCCUGAAGAGGCACCCGGAAUAUCAAAGCCGCUACCCAGAGUCCCUCCCACCCAUUAAAGUGCCUAAGAAGCGAGGGAGGAAGCCGGGCUUUAAGCUGAAGUCUCGUCUGAUGACCCCUCUGGCCAUCUCUCCUCCCAGCAGCACCCCAGAGCCAGACAUGAGCUCAAUCCCGCAGGACGCUGCUACUAUCCCUCACUCCGCCACACCACAGGUCCUCACAGUGUGUAUCUACGUGAAUAAGCAAGUGAACACAGGUCCUAACCUGGACAGACAGAAGGUGCUGCAGCUGCCGGAUCAUCUGGGUCCUGCCAGGCCCUCAGUGGUGCUGCAGCAGGCGGUUCAGGGCUGCAUUGACAGUGCAUUUCAGCAGAAGGCCGUCUUCACGCUACUCACCGAGGGCUACGGGGGAGAAAAGAUAUCAGCCACUUUUGAUGGUAAACAGCAUCUGUUAAGUUUGCCGGUGGUCAACAGCGUGGGCUACGUUCUGCGUUUCCUUAAGAAGUUGUGCCGAAGCCUGUUAUGUGAGAACCUGUUCAGUGACCAGCCCAUUGCUCCUUCAUCAUCCCCUUCAUCCUCUUCCUCAUUCCAUAUGGAGAAGCACUCAGACGGACAGUCCAAGUCAAACUCAAUGGUGGAUGAUUACCAUGGCGAUUCAGUGGAACCCAAACGCUAUUCGGUUGACCCCAGUGACUUUGGUGCGAUGUCCUCACCAUACGCAGCCAGUAAACCUGCAUACGGCUUUCGCUCUGCCUCUGCCUAUUCUGGAGGCAUCUGCAGACAGGCAGCCAGUCCCAGCACAUUCCCAGAAGGAAACAGAAGUGCCUACAGUCCGUCCCCAGACGCAGGAGAGGUGAAACCUCCACCCAGUAAGGAUCCGUCCAGGUGGAGCGUGGAUGAAGUGGUGUGGUUUAUCAAGGAUGCAGAUCCUCAAGCGUUGGGCCCUCACGUUGAGCUCUUCAGAAAACAUGAGAUUGAUGGCGAUGCUCUUCUCCUCCUGAAAAGUGACAUGAUCAUGAAGUACCUGGGACUCAAACUGGGCCCUGCUCUUAAGCUCUGCUACCACAUCGACAAGCUCAAACAAAACAAGUUCUGACUGUCUUUGACCCUACAGAUGGACUGACUCUCAGUAUUUACGCUCACUCGCGUUUGUUGUAGUACAGGAUGUUUUCAUCCCACAUUCUCUGGCCAUUCGAGGACAAGCACCAGAUUUUUUUCUUGCCAGUACAUUGGGACAUUUCACCAGCCAGAACGUUUUCUUUUUCAAAUUUUUAACUGUACAAACAUUUUAUUGAUUGCUUGUUUUCUGAACAUUUACUCAAGUCAUCUCUGCUGCUUUCUGGGAUUUUUGGAGUCCUCAAGUAGGAGAUAUGUGUAAAUCAUGCGUCAAACUGACGGAGUUGUAACAUGUUUUAGAUCCCAUUUUUUACAGAGGAAUGGACUCUGUCUAAAACCCUGUGAACUUCAGCCACCUGCUGGUGAAAAGGAGUCACUGCAAGCAGGAAUCAUUCAGCUUUUUAUUUUCAGAAAGCUUUUUGACAACCGGGGAGAUCACUUACACACAGCAUUCAGCAUUGUUUUCAUUUUUUUAACGGAUACGCACACAAUCUUGGCAGGGUACAACCAUGAACCAUUACACUUUUGCAACCAGCAAAUAACAGGCACAAAUUCACCUCUGUUGGACCAGUCAAAAAUUCUUUGGAAAGCCUCUUGGAAUCACAACUAAACACAAUACACUACUGCUACUGUUCAAACACAGCAUUACAAACAUUAGUAAUGCACACCAGGUGCUGUUCCUCAACCAGCAAGUCAACAAAAACAACUAUACCGGUACUUUGUUUCAUACUGUGGACCAAAUACAUGGAAAGGUCUCAUUACUCCCAAAACAUUUUGUUUUUCACUAUUGAAAAGCUGCUUUGACACUGCAAAUGUCAGCUUGUGAAUUACUUACACAAUAUGUAGCACUUUACAAUAGGGUUCCAUUCGUUUAAUACAUUGGGUAUCAUGAACCAGCAAUGUACUGUAUAUUUAUGAAGGGUGAUGAUCAUUUUUAAUAUAUACUACUGUUCAAAAGCUUGGGGUCAGAACGUUUUUCUUUGAAAGAUAAUUUAUUGAGAGGGGGUGCAUUUUAUUAUUAUAAGUAACAGAAGAAAAUGUAACAAUUAUUUAAAAUGAAUUCAGUUUUUAUUCAUCAAGGAAAGGGAAAACAGGACCAUUAAAGACUAGAUAAAUAGCAGCUUAAAAGUUAGACAUGAAAAUUGUAAUAAUAUUUUACAAUGUUACUAUUGGAAUUUAUUUUUGAUCAAAUAAACAUGGCCUUGGUGAGAAUAAGAGACUUUCAGAAACAUGUUGUGAACCUGAUAUUCAAAACAAUUAAAGAUAUUUCAAAUAUUCAAAACAUGAAUAAUAGCAUUAUUAAUUACGGAUGUUCCGAUCGAUUGGCCGGAGAUCGGUAUCAGCCGAUAAUCACAUUUCAUGACUCAAUCAGUAGUCGCUGAUCUGGCCAAUCUCAUGAACCGAUUGCAAGUGUUUGUUUAUGAGUUAACAAAGCAGUGGAAGGGGCAUGUGCGCUUCCAUAUAUUAUACACAAGCAGCGCUAAAACACCUGAGGAGGUAAAUGAUGCGUGAUGCCAUGAGCGAUCACUGUGCUGGCAUCACAACGGCUAAAUAAAAUAUAUUCAGAUGUGG